AUGGACGUCGGUUGUGGUCCUGGAGAUAUAACAAAGGAAAUUCUAUUACCGGCUAUUGGCUCAAAUGCACAAUUAAUUGGUACGGAUAUUUCGGAGAGCAUGAUCAAAUAUGCGAAUGAAACAUUCAGUGAAAAACGGUUGCAAUACGAGGUAUUGGAUAUUGUAAUCAAAAAUUUGCCUAAGAAAUAUAUUUCUGAAUUUGAACAUAUAUUUUCAUUUUACACUUUGCAUUGGUGCAGCGAUAUUCGACAAGCCUUCGAGAAUAUUUAUCAAAUGCUACGGCCUAAUGGAACUAUGCUUUUGUCUAUAACAGUAAGUCAUGAUAUAUUUGAAGUUCUCAAAUUUUUGACGCAGGACAUCCGCUUUGCACAAUAUAUGCCGAAUAUGAUAAAAAAUAAUAUGAUUUUGCCAUAUCAAGAGUUAAAAAAUGCUCGUAAGGAAAUAAAAAAAUUACUUCAAAGUGUUGGAUUUAAAGUUCACCAUUGUAGUCUUCGAGACGCGUGUUAUUCCGAUGGAAAACCACAACAACGACAAUUUUUGAGUAAGUUAUUUUAG